AUGACCAGCUUAGCUACUGACCAUGCUGACCAUUGUCCGGAAUUGGAUCAAAUCACACAAAAACAGCAAAUGGCCUUCUCUUAUAGAAUAUCAGAACAAAGCAGAAUUCCUGAGCACACUUUGCGGAGCUCAUUUGAUCGCUUAAUCUUUGCUAACUGGUCUGGAUUACAGACAGAAUCAAUACCAGAAGAAAUGAAACAGAUUGGUGAGCAACAGGGAAAUAAACCGCGCUGGGCUGCUCUUCUGAUACUCAUGGUGAUAAUACCCACGAUUGGUGGGAACAUCCUGGUUAUUCUGGCGGUUUCACUGGAGAAAAAGCUGCAAUACGCUACCAAUUAUUUUCUAAUGUCCUUAGCAGUGGCUGAUUUGCUGGUUGGAUUGUUUGUGAUGCCGAUUGCCCUCUUGACAAUAAUGUUUGAGGCUGUGUGGCCCCUCCCACUUGUUCUCUGCCCUGCCUGGUUAUUUCUUGAUGUUCUUUUUUCUACUGCAUCCAUCAUGCAUCUCUGUGCCAUUUCAGUGGAUCGUUAUAUAGCCAUCAAAAAGCCAAUCCAGGCCAAUCAAUAUAACUCACGAGCUACAGCAUUCAUCAAGAUUACAGUGGUAUGGUUAAUUUCAAUAGGCAUUGCCAUUCCAGUCCCUAUUAAAGGCAUAGAAACUGAUGUGGAUAACCCAAGCAACAUCACCUGUGUGCUAACAAAGGACCGUUUUGGCAACUUCAUGCUCUUUGGCUCACUGGCUUCCUUCUUUACACCUCUGGCAAUCAUGAUUGUCACCUACUUUCUCACUAUCCACGCUUUACAGAAGAAAGCUUACUUGGUCAAAAACAAGCCACCUCAACGCCUAACAUGGCUGACAGUGUCUACAGUUUUCCAAAGGGAUGAAACACCUUGCUCAUCACCUGAAAAGGUGGCAAUGCUGGAUGGUACUCACAAGGACAAAACUCUGCCCAACUCAAAGAAUGAUCUACUCAUGCGAAGAAUGUCGACAGUUGGAAAAAAGUCAGUGCAGACCAUUUCCAAUGAACAGAGAGCCUCCAAGGUUCUAGGGAUUGUUUUUUUUCUCUUUUUGCUUAUGUGGUGCCCCUUUUUUAUUACAAAUAUAACUUUCGUUUUAUGUGAUUCCUGCAACCAGACUACUCUCCAAAUGCUCCUGGAGAUAUUUGUGUGGAUAGGCUAUGUUUCCUCAGGGGUGAAUCCUUUGGUCUACACCCUCUUCAACAAGACAUUUCGGAAUGCAUUUGGCCGAUACAUCACCUGCAAUUACCAGGCCACAAAAUCAGUAAAAACUGUCAGAAAAUGCUCCAGCAAUAUCUACUUUCGAAACCCGAUGGCAGAGAACUCUAAGUUUUUCAUGAAACAUGGAAUGCGAAAAGGGAUUAAUCCUGCCAUGUACCAAAGCCCAAUGAGGCUCUGCAGUUCAACUAUUCAGUCUUCAUCAAUCAUUCUACUAGAUACACUUCUCCUCACAGAAAAUGAAGGUGACAAAACUGAAGAGCAAGUCAGUUAUGUAUAG